GAACAUGUCCCCUGCUCCAGCAGAUGAGUUGGACCACAAACCCCUGGAUGGUGGUUGGGGCUGGAUGGUUGUGUUUGGGGCCCACAUUUCCAUUGGAUUCGCUUAUGCCACGCCCAAAGUCCUGUCUAUUUUCUUCAAAGAGAUCCAAGAGGACUUGGGGUCCACGUUCAGUGAAAUAGCAUUGAUAUCCUCCAUCAUGCUAGCUGCCAUGUAUGCAGGCGGACCAAUAAGCAGUGUGUUGGUCAAACGCUUUGGAAGCCGGCCAGUAGUCAUGCUGGGUGGACUGAUGUGCGGGGUCUCUAUGGUAACCGCUUCUUUUGGGACCUCCAUCAUUUACCUCUACUUAUGCAUUGGCAUCAUUGGAGGCUGUGGACUCUCCUUAAACCUCAAUGCAUCUCUCACCAUCAUCAGCAAGUAUUUCCUGGCCAAGCGUCCGUUAGCCAACGGACUAGCCAUGGCUGGGAGUCCCGUGUUUCUAUGUUUCCUGGCCCCUGUCAACCAAUAUUUACUGGUCAAGUUUGGCUGGAGAGGAAGUCUCCUAAUCCUUGGGGGUCUGAUGCUCAAUUGCUGUGUUGCCGGGGCCCUGAUGAGACCUGUUAUUGUGUCUUGCAAGCCAUCAUCUAGUGCCCCACAGAAUGAAGUGAAGGAACUGCCAAAUGGCCGCAGCACUACGCGAAACGGACGCUGUAUGAAGAAUGCUGGGAGUUUCUUGGAUUUGACCUUCUUCAAGGAUAGAGGCUUUGUCAUUUACCUCAUUGGGAACAUAAUGUUCAUCUUCGGUGCCUAUGCUCCCAUUGUGUUCCUGUCAGCCUAUGCUAUUAGCCAAGGCGUAGAGGAGUACUCCGCAGCCUAUUUACUCUCUAUUAUGGGCUUUGUGGACAUGUUUGUUCGGCCUGGCACAGGCCUGAUAGCCAACAGCAAGUGGAUCAGGCCAAGAAUCCAGUACUUCUUCAGCUUUGCCAUGAUUUUCAACGGCACGUGCCACUUACUGUGCCCGCUGAUGACGAGCUACGCCUACAUGGUGGUCUACGCAGUGUUUUUUGGCGUGGGUUUCGGCAUGGUCUUCGCGCUGAUAUUUGAAUGUCUGAUGGACCUGAUGGGAAGUGAGCGCUUCCCCAGUGCGGUUGGACUGGUCACCAUCAUCGAAUGCUUCCCCAUGCUACUGGGACCACCUGCUGCAGGAAUGCUGGUGGACAUCUUUGGUCACUACAAGUACCUUUUCUUCAUGUGUGGCUCAGUGAUCGUGACUGGCGGGCUCUUUCUUUUAGUCAUGAACAUCUUCAACUACCACAUGCUGAAAAAAGAGGAGAUGGCAAAGGACAGAGAGCAGAACCAAAAAAACAUAGAGAACAAGGACCAGGUGGAGAUGAAACAGACAUCUGAGGCAGCGAUGGAACAAUCUGAGCCUGAGGGUAAAGAGAAGAACGGAGCCCGGAGAGAUCCAUGUCCAGAGAACGCAUUAGCACCAAAUGAAAUGUGAUUCCUCUAUUUAGCAUGCAUAACAGGGGCACAUGUAUGUAAGUGUGUUUGCAGGUGUGAAUGCAACUCUAUUCCAAAUUGCAGCUUGCCCAUCAGCCAUGUUUCCAUCCAACUGUAGCACAAAUUUUAACCAAAUUUCAAAAUUUAUCAAAUUUUAAUGGGACUUUCCAUCCACUACCAUUAUGCAAAUAUUAGCAGUUUGUUCAUCAGGAUAAACAGCUGGUGGUGCUAAUCCUCCGGUCAGGUGGCAUUAAAUCCUUGCAGAAGAAGAGGGCGCAGUCAAACCUCAAACAGUUUUUUAAGCACAAAUUGAAAAUGCACAUAUAAACAGGUGGAUGGUGCACAGUCAUUCACUCGAUCUGUUAAUCAACAGUCAUCUCAGCAACUGCGCACUAUAACAACACUGGCUUUAAGCUAAAUGCUAAUGUCAGCAUGCUAACAUGCUCAUAAUGACAAAACAGGUAUACUGUUUACCAUGUUCACCAUCUUAGUGUACUGUGUUAGCAUGCUAACAUUAGCUAAUUAUGGCUGAUGGGAAUGUCAGUUUUGCAAGUAUUUUCUCCAAAUGAUGAUGGAGCUAGAUGAAAAGUCAGGGACUCACCAGAUUUCUUUUACAAAAUUUCAUGGCAGUCUAACCAAUAUUUGUCGAAAUAUUCCUUAAAAACCCAAAUAUCAACCGCAUAUUGAGGAAAACUCAGAGGAUCUUCAAAGUCUGUGGACCACGAUUGUUAGAACAAAUUUCUAGUUUCCAGUAAAUCCUACACACUGGUCCUUUAAUAUCUGAGAGUGAAUGUUUGCUGUAAUUAACUUAUUUUUUUCAAAUGAUCAUGAAUGCACACAUCUGCUUUUCUGCUUUGUUAUUCAAUUUAACUGUUUCACUGUAAUCUGUCUAUGAAAAUAUUGUUUUUGUGGUAAUGUGCUUAGUCUCAGGAGACUUGCAGUGUUACAGGUGUAACAGGAUGAUUUAUCCUUUAUUUGUUUACCUCUUUAGUUACUUUUAAAGCUGUGGUAGUUGUUUUUUUUGUGUCAUUGGGCAAAUCUUCCAUACUAACCUUUCAUAAUAUUGUAAUUGACGUGUUCUGAGAGAAAGCAGAGAAAGAGGUGGGAGGUUUUGCACAACUUUUGCCUACUGCACCUUUAAAUGAAUACUAAAUAAUACUGUCAAUUGCACAUACAGAAACAAAACCUCUUUCUGAAGUGUGAUAUUGACUUAUGAUCAUUUGUUAAUCUAACAGCAAAUAAUACUGUCUUUUAAAAGUUUUUGUCAGUUUUUAUUUAAUUUGAACUUUAAUGCUAAAACACAUUAUAAGCUAUGAUGUGUGGUCCACUGUAAUGUCGUAAUGCUGUGUUGACAUUUAGAAGUGACAUUUGUUAUCUGGGUGAGAAUGGAUUUGCAUGCACUGUUAAUUGAUUUGAGGCUCUGUGUAUUAGUGCAUGUGAGUCGGAGUGGGACGGAGUAACAAAAAUACAAAGUGUAUUACAAAUAAUCCAAAAUCUAGUUAUUUUAAGUUUAUAUGUUAAGGUGAUGGCAGCUUUUUGGAUUCUGUGUUCCUGAGAAUUCAAUGAAAGCUUUAGUUUUUG